CUCACACGGAGACAGUGGGACAGGAUCUGGGUCUGAGAUCUGAGAAAGGGAAAACAUCUACCUUGUAUUUUAUGCGUGAGGACGGAAUACUCGCUGCAAAAAAGAGACACAUUUCAUCUGGUCGCGUUUUGCCGCUGUAGCUUUUGACUCCUACUGUACCUGGAUUGCCAACUAACUGUGACUAAAGUGGUCACCAUGAGCCAGGAGGGGCAGGAUGACCCCCUCCACAUAGAUACCCCACCUCCAAAUACAUCGCCAGAGACACAGCAGGAAACAGACAGCCCUGAGACUGUAAGAGUGGAAGAUACAGAGGAGACUGGAAUUCAGGAGGAUGCUGCAGAGAAAAGGGAUGCAGGAAAGACAGAAACGUUGUCAGAAGAAGCAAAGCCAGAUGAGAGAAAUAAGCAUACACUGACUAAUGGACCUGAGGAAGAGGAGAGGAGAAAAAAGGAAGAGCAGCUCAAAGAUGAGGCUGGGAAGAAUGGGGAGACAGAGCACAGCAAUGGAGAUAUCAUUGAGUGUAAGGGCUGUGAUGACCCCCUGCGUCAGUUAGAGGAUUCAGCAGAAAAACAGCACACUGUAAGUUUGCAGAACGGCACCAGAGAGGACAGUGAAGGACAGGAGGAAGAGCAAGACUGUGAGAAAGAGCCGGGGCAGGGGAACCUGGACACAUUUAGUUCCACCUUCGAGCUUUCAGUUGAAGAGGCAGACGCAGAGGUAGAGGGAGAAGAUGAGCCACUGAACCAGGACAGCUUCAGCUCAGCAUUUGAGCGAAUUGUUGAACAGGUUGGUGAGUCCACAACAGUAGAGGAAGAGGAGGAGGACGACGGUGAGGACGAGCGUGACAGGACUAAAGAGAGCCAGGACGGUUUCAGCUCUACGUUUGAGCGCAUUGUGGAGUCGGAGCUGCUGAGAGGCGGGACCUGCUACAGCAGCCUGGACUCACUGGACGUGCUCUCGCUAACGGACGAGACGGACAGCUGCGUGAGCUUCGAGGCACCGCUCACGCCACUUAUCCAGCAGAGGGUAUUGCCGGGUCCUGAACCCCCAGAGCUGGAGCUGGAGACUGUGCAGGAGAGCGCCGAGACACAGGAGGGGGAGGGAGAUGGGGAUGAAGCUGCAUCAGACAGUCCCCUCCACACCUCCAUCCCAGGCAGCAGGUCUGAAAAUGUGCUGAGCCAGCCAGCACAGUGGAGCAUUCCCAAUGGAUUCCACAAUGAUCUGGCAGGCAACAUACAAAAGACAGCAAUCCUCCCCAGCUCUAUUAGUGAUGCCAAUCUCACAGAUGGCCUGUGUGACUCUGACUCUGAACUGGGCAGCCUGGAGACCUUGGAGAGGGGCAGCACGGAUACCCUUGCCAAUGGUUGCCGUGCCGACGCAGAGGCUGCCAAGCGACUUGCUAAGCGGCUGUUCUACCUGGAAGGCUUCAAACGGUGUGACGUGGCACGACACCUGGGAAAGAAUAAUGAAUUUAGCCAAAUGGUGGCCUCUGAGUAUCUGAGCUUCUUCGACUUCACAGGGUUGUCCUUAGAUAGAGCACUAAGGAACUUCUUGAAGGCAUUUCCUCUGAUGGGAGAGACGCAGGAGCGAGAGAGAGUCCUGGUGCACUUUUCCAAACGCUUCUGUCACUGUAACCCAGAAGCCCUCACCUCUGAAGAUGGAGCCCAUACACUGACCUGUGCUCUUAUGCUUCUUAAUACAGACCUGCAUGGCCAUAACAUCGGCAAGAAGAUGUCCUGUCAGCAGUUCAUAAGCAAUCUGGAUGGCCUGAAUGAUGGAAAGGAUUUUCCCAAAGAUUUACUCAAGGUGCUGUAUAAUUCAAUAAAGAAUGAAAAACUGGAAUGGGCCAUUGAGGAAGAGGAAUUGAGGAAGAGUCUGUCCGAGCUGGUUGAGGACCAGUGUGAGGCAGGGAGCAAGCGGGCUGUUAGGGUAACGGAUGGAAAUAACCCUUUUAUUGCCAUCCCGCUCCUGCUCAAUGCUACAACAUACAAACAUGGAGUCCUGACUCGUAAGAGCCAUGCAGAUAUGGACGGCAAACGCACCCCAAGAGGACGACGAGGCUGGAAGAAAUUCUAUGCUGUGCUGAAGGGCAUGAUCCUCUACCUGCAGAAAGAUGAGUAUAAGCCUGAUAAAGACCUGUCUGAAGUGGACCUGAAAAACGCAGUGCGUGUGCACCAUGCUUUGGCCACCAGGGCCUGCGACUACAGCAAGAGGCCUAAUGUUCUCAAGCUCAAAACGUCAGACUGGAGAGUCUUCCUCUUCCAGGCGCCGAGUGAGGAGGAGAUGAUGUCAUGGAUCUUCAGGAUUAAUUUGGUGGCUGCUCUGUUCUCUGCUCCUGCAUUUCCUGCUGCCAUAGGUUCCAUGAAAAAAUUCUGCAGACCUUUGUUACCAUCAUCUACAACCAGGCUCAACCAGGAGGAACAACUGAAGUGUCAUGAGAACAAACUGAAGCAGAUCUCCUUAGAGGUGGAGGAGCACAAACGAAAUCCAACGGAGCUCACGCCCAAGAGCAAAGAGUCAGAGGAGUACCGCAUCAAAGAGCACUACCUUACUUAUGAGAAAAGCCGUUAUGAGACAUAUGUCAACCUGCUACAGGCCAAGUUGCGUGUUGGGAGUGACGACCUGGAUAAAAUCGAGGCCAGUGUGUUCAGUGGAGACAGCAGAGACAGUCACAUGCGCAAAACCCAGUCCAGUCCCUCCAUCAGCCAUGCUCAUGGGCUCAACGGUCGAGCCACUCACAAACACACCUCAGACAGCUCUAACUGAACGCUCAUCACCGGGUCCAUGAACUUUGACCUCUGUCUGAAACAAGUUUCUGGGGCAGUGGAAGACAGAGCCGGUCGGGUCAUUUUGGAACAGGAGAGACACACGAACGUAGCAUUAAAACGUCCUUAUUAUUUGAAUGCACAGUAAAUUAUGAUUAUUGUAAGUAUUAUUAGUAUUAUUAUGACAACAUUUUGAAUACCGAUGUGAACGACGUGCCAAAAAGGAAAUACAGAAGUAAAAGGAGACCGAGACUGUAUUAGAGGAGCGUGCUUACAUCACAUUAUGACUGCAGUCGAUUUUGACAGCACAUGGCAGUUUCUUGUGAUGGUCAAUGAGAUGCACUAUGAUCACAAGGCUGAUUUUACUGUGAUGUCUGGUGAACAUUUUAUUGCGACAUCAUGGGUCACCUUUCCUGAUGUCAAUAUGAAAUAACUGCGACAUCA